AUGUGCCUAUUGUUUAGUUUGCGUAGGCUUUCGGGAGAUUGUUUUCACAAACAUGGAGCACUGCUAAGUUUUAAGACUUCUGAUCACAAUAUACUUAUUUGGGACUAUUACGAGUUUGGAUCAGCACGAUGGUGGCAGUGCUGCUACUGCUUUGAGUUCAGCAACCGAGGCCAGUUGAGUUCCUUCCUCCUGUGGCCGUUGCACCUGCAGGCGUGUACGCGGGCCGAGCAGGACAGUCAGUUUCCCUUUAGAAACCGGAGCUGGCUCGCAAUCGUCGGCUCAAAAAUGACCGGCGCUAAAAUAGCGGCGGGCGCAGGGGGGGCGAGUGCGCGCGGCUGCUGGGCCGCCCGCCGCCGGCCAGAGCCGCCCCGGUCGCCGCGGACUCCACAUUCCAACGUCGCUGUGCUGCCGGUCGAAGAACCAGUGCCGUGA